AUGUUAAAUUCUGCCUCGGUACACUUUUUCCUAUUGUCCAUCAUAACAAUCGCCAUGACAGUAUGGGCUGCUGACGUUGAUAAGGUAGUGUUUCAGUUUCCCGAGUAUGAUUUUAAGGAAACGAGCAAAAAUGAGCUUACGUUUCGCGAGUACGAAUCAGCCUGCGAUCAAAGCAACCGAUGCACGGAGUUUGAUGGAAUCGAGCGGACUCGGUGCGUGCGGGAAUGUAUUUCGCCGUCGUGUUACCAGGAAAUAUAUAAAUUUGAUGAGCUCGAGGAAGGUGAAAUCGACGUACGACUGAACUCAUUCCGUGCCUGUUUUAUGCAACGUCUCAAUCGCAACCGUGGCUGA